ACUUGUGGAACUGUCGACCUUCAUACCCUCGCUUAUCCGCAGACUCUCAUCUAAGUCGCGGACUCAGCGCCCUAUACCUUGGACGCCUGUGACUACUGCUAGAGCUGCAGCCGCCAUGACAGACAGCGUUGGAAAAUGGGCAGUGGGGAACUCAUACGGACCCGUACUUACACAGACGGAUCUGUACAUGUUAGACGGCGUUGACCUCGAGCUGCAUCCUAUCCUCUCCGCUACAGACGGUGGAUUUCAACUCAUCUUCAACAUUGUGACUGGUUCGACGACAGGCUAUAGCGCGGACGCACGCGAUCGAGACAUCCCCUUCACCGCGAAAGACGAGCCAGCGACACUGCCGCGUGUCGAUCAGCUCAUCAUAGUCACAGAUUUGAGCCCGUGGUGUACUAUCGUGAAGAACCCACAAGGUGUUACACUGAGCGAUGUCUGCACAACGCUCUGGCGAGACUACACGGACAACGCUGUCACUGACAAGGAGCUUGAGGUGCUCCCUCCGCGCGUCCAGGAUCAGAUCAAGCGGUUUGCAUCCGGUACAGCAAGUUCCGGGUGGUCCGCCUACUACUCCCCAGCGCCCACUGCUGUGCCCCGUCUAAAGCGCGCAGAUUGGCUCCGCGAGAGGCAGUACUUCGAGAAGCUCCAUAAGCGAGACUCAUACGUGAAACAGCGAUUGGGCUAUUCUGCGCCGAACAUCUUCGUUCUUUCCCUCAGCCAGUACUACUGAUGGCUCCCAGACUAUCGCGGGCCUGCUGACUGCCUGUCUGUACUUUAUUCCCUGAUCUUUGUUCGUCUUCUGGUGUCUAUCAACCGUGCUAUCCGCCUCACUUCCACUGUUUUGACGUAUCCACUUAACGCUACUCGUCCUCCGCUGAUUACCGCCAAUGUUGUAUUUUUGCUGCGCAUCAGAUCAUC